AUUCAACUCGAGCAAGCUCACGUCUCCAGCAUGUCGCGAUCGGUCCUUGACGUUGCCGACGUCCUUGUCGCCAUCGUUCAGUGCACGCCAUCGCAUAAAGAUGUCGCGUCGCUCCUUCGCGCUCUGCCGCCGGCCGCGUUGACGCCACCGCUCGCGGCGCUUCUCGAACUCCUAUCGCUGGACAAGCGUCGAAUGACGGCUCCGUUCUGGCCGCAGCCACGCAUCCGCGUCGUGAACGAGGCCAACAUUGAUCGCUUCGCGACAGCAAUGCCCAUCUUCACCUCGGUGUGCAUCGAUGCCGUCUCCAUCAGCAAACGCUGGCCCACGUACGAAGACGCUGCUUGUGACGACGACGAUCUACCUUUUCUUUCGUUUGUCGUUCACUGGGCUGCCAAGAUGACGAAACUCACCUCGUGUACGUCGUAUAACAAGCUUGGGUUGCAUCGGAUGGCGUUCGUCAAUAUGCUGCGCAAGUGCACCAACCUCGAGGCCGUGCAGCUUCCGUAUGCGGUCGACAUGCUCGAGGCCGUGACGACACCGGCCCACUGCGUCCAGGACCUUGAGCUCCAACACUUUGGCAAUGACCACGAGUAUCCGCUCGACGCCGUGUCGAUGAUUGAGCGUUGGCUUGCGUCGGGUCACGCGCGACGCCUGAGCCUCGUAGGUUUCCGCACCGGUGACGCGGGUCUCGGCAAAGCGCUGGUGCUGGCGGCGUCGACGCUCUCACAUCUUUGCUUGAGGCAAUCGCCGACCGUCGUGCAGACCGUCAUUUUGAAUGGCGUCGCGUGGACGCACCUCACAGAACUCGACCUCGUCGUCGGCAACACGUCAGCGGGGACUGUGUUGCGUGAGAUCGCGCCGCUCCUCAACGUGUCGCAGCUCCAGAAGCUCACACUUCGAGGUGCGCAAGGCGACAAUGGUGCCUUUUUUGUGAGUCUUCUGCCUUCCCUUGCGGAGCUCACCGACCUCCACCUCGUCCACGUCGACCUCACGCAGGCUCGGCCGAUGGUCAAUGGCCCACUGAUGCUUCGCAGUGCUUGCUUCCAUUUCAUCCAAUGGACGGAUAUGAGCUUCGCCGCAGUGCUGGACUGGACCCUCCGGUCGCCGACGCUUGAGACUAUCACGUGGUCAGGGUCCGAUUCCUUCUUGAGCGAGAACCCGGACACAGUUCAAGACGCGACUCGGCGCUGCCUUGCUGCCGGUGUGCGUCGUAUCGUCUUCGACGAGGACAGCGUGGUGAGUUCCGAGAUGCUGGCUGGCGCCGUGAGAGGCAUCCACCUCCCAACACUAUGUACAAUCGUCUGCAGCACCAAGAUGGAGACGGCCGAGAGCGUCAGGAGCUUGCUUGCGGCGCUCGCCACAUGCACCAACGUGACGCUCAACGUUCGUGUGUAUCCCUCCCAUGCCUUGUCGCACGAAGCCUUUUGCGAAGAAGCACAAGAGGCCGGUGCCACCGUCGACUUCUCGGCAUUUGGCCGAUACUGCCUUCUGCACAGUCCCUCUAACACUUGCGUUUGAC